AUGGGCGGCCAGCGGCUGCUGUGGCAGGCGGGUGAAUUCAGCAGCGUCCAGGAGGCCCUGCAGGGGUGCUCCUAUAGUGUGGCAUUCACACGCUGGCCACAGGGGCUUGAUGGAGUAGAUGCGUUCAGCACUGUCACGCAGAUGACAGACCACCUUGAAAGGGAAGGGCUGCUUGGCCCUUCUGCGUCCGGUGGGGAGAAGGUGGCGUUUGUGUUUGGCCGAGAGUUCGACAAGUGA